AUGCCCGAGGAGCCCCAGGACCCGCUGGACAGCGACUACGAGGCCGAGAAGGUCGAGGCCAAGAAGGAGGGCGCCCGGGCGCUGGAAGAGUACGCAAACAUGUACCACGAGAAGAAGCAGCGGUGGCUGGCCCAGGGCGAGCGCCAGAUGCUGCAGGACUUUAUUGAUGCGCAUGGCGACGACUACAGCAAAAUGUUCUGGGACAAGAAGCUCAAUAUCGACCAGCUCACAGAGAAGCAGAUCAAGAAGAAGAUCCAGCGGUAUCUCAGCGACAAGGAGAAGGCGCUUGGUCCGUACAAGUACGACUGA